AUGUGCGCCCUGCCCGCUAACCCCGCAUCUCCUCUCGGGGCAGGGCGCCUGUCGCCGUAUCUUAUCGCCGCCGCCGCUGCUGCUUGUGCUUGUGCCUUCCCCAGCGCCAAGUCGCGGAUAGCACAGGCGACGCUGCAUGGCGUAACCUUUGUUGCAUCCACUUGCCAGCCCAUGCCCGCCCAAAGAGAGCCCUUGUCAGAGCCCCCUCCCCCUUCACCACCGCCACGCCCAGCCCAGGCGACUUUUGCCGGGCCCGUCCACGGCGGCGCUCGAAAAAAAAAACUAAGGGUCGAGCGGCGCGCGCCUCGCGUCAAAGUAAGUCAUGGUCGAUGCCGCCAUGUGAUCGCCGGCGAGGCGUCGUCGUCGUCGGCCUAA